AGGGGGCGGGGCUCUGGCCGGCGGAGGCGCAGCCGCCAGCGGUCGGAGGAACCUAAGCCGAGAGAGACCUAGACGGCGGCAGGCACGAGGGCGGGCGUUCCCGGAGUAGUCGCGCGGGAGUCGGCCACUGCCCCCGGCCUCCUUACUUUCAGGGCCCCUCCCUGUCCGCCGGGACGCGGGAGAGCCCGGCGCGCGGUGGGGGCGCGAGGUGGAGCCGGCGGGGGCGGCCAAUGCGAAACUGGCUGGUGCUGCUGUGCCCGUGUGUGCUCGGGGCCGCGCUGCACCUCUGGCUGCGGCUGCGCUCCCCGCCGCCCGCCCGCGCCUCGGGGGCCGGCCCCGCAGAUCAAUCGGCCUUAUUUCCUCCAUGGAAAUCUAGUCACUAUGAUGUGGUAGUUGGCGUGCUAUCAGCUCGCAAUAACCAUGAACUUCGCAAUGUGAUAAGGGGCACCUGGCUGAAGCAUUUAUUACAACAUCCAGCAUUAAGUCAACGUGUGCUUGUGAAGUUCAUAAUAGGUGCCCAUGGCUGUGAGGUGCCUGUGGAAGACAGGGAAGACCCUUAUUCCUGCAAACUGCUCAACAUCACGAAUCCAGUUUUGAGUCAGGAGAUUGAGGCAUUCAGUCUGUCUGAAGACACCUCACCUGGGCUCUCUGAGGACCGAGUUGUCAGCGUGAGCUUCCGAGUGCUCUAUCCAAUCGUUAUCACCAGUCUCGGGGUGUUUUAUGAUGCCAGCGAUGUGGGUUUCCAGAGGAACAUCACCGUCAAGCUUUACCAGGCAGAACAGGAGGAGGCCCUCUUCAUUGCUCGCUUUAGUCCUCCGAGCUGUGGUGUUCAGGUGAACAAGCUAUGGUACAAGCCUGUGGAGCAGUUCAUCUUACCAGAGAGCUUUGAAGGUACAAUCGUGUGGGAGAGUCAAGACCUCCAAGGCCUCGUGUCACGAAAUCUCCACAAAGUGACAGUCAACGAUGGAGGAGGGGUUCUCAGGGUCAUUACAGCUGGGGAGGGUGCGUUGCCUCAUGAAUUCAUGGAAGGCGUGGAGGGAGUUGCUGGUGGUUUUAUUUACACCAUUCAGGAAGGUGAUGCUCUCUUAAAAAACCUUCAUUCUCGCCCUCGAAGACUUAUUGAUCACAUAAGCAGUCUCCAGGAGGAAGAUGCCUUACUGAAGGAGGAGAGCAGCCUCUACGACGACAUUGUGUUCGUGGACGUUGUUGACACUUACCGAAAUGUUCCUGCAAAGUUACUGAACUUCUAUAAAUGGACUGUGGAGACAACCAGCUUUGAUCUGUUGCUAAAGACAGAUGACGACUGUUACAUAGACUUGGAAGCUGUUUUUAAUAGAAUCGCCCUCAAGAAGCUGGACGGGCCUAAUUUUUGGUGGGGAAAUUUCAGGUUGAAUUGGGCCGUUGACCGGACGGGGAAGUGGCAGGAGCUGGAGUACCCUGGGCCAGCCUACCCCGCCUUUGCCUGUGGGUCAGGGUACAUGAUCUCAAGCGACAUCGUCCGCUGGCUGGCCAGCAACUCGGGCAGACUGAAGACCUACCAGGGUGAAGAUGUGAGCAUGGGCAUCUGGAUGGCAGCCAUAGGACCGAAGCGAUACCAGGACGGGCUGUGGCUGUGUGAGAAGACCUGUGAGACGGGGAUGCUGUCCUCGCCUCAGUACUCGCCCCAGGAACUGACACAGCUGUGGAAGCUGAAGGAGCUGUGCGGGGACCCUUGUCAGUGUGACGCAAGAUGACGCUGUGCAUCCUCGGUGUUAAAGGUCAGGGUGGCCCGGAGCCUGUCUGAGGAAAGCCCAAUGUUUGGCCUCGGACUGUAUUGCCUUUCAGGACAGUUCUUGGCUGGCACUUUGACCUGUCACUCAGUGUGGUGUUUCUUAAUGUUUGCACAAAAUUUCCUUUUUAAAAAAUCAACAGAUCCUGUGGCAUAGGAAAAAUUGUACCUAUAUAUUGGAAGAGGACUUGACAAGUACCAAAUUGCUUAUAAAACAAAAAAUAUUUCUAAA